AUGAACUCCGAUUAUCAAGAAGAGACAAAAAGGCCACGAAAAUCUUUUAAUUUCAGUGAAAGUGAGGAGGAAGCGCCGCGGAAGAGGUCCAAAAGCAGCGAACUGAAUACAGAACAAAUUGUUUCAAUCUACGAUCUCGUUGAAGAGUUGCAAGACAAGGAGGAAAGAUUCUACAACGGAAUCCAGAGACAGCUCGAGGUGUUCCACAUAUCACAGCAAGGUCGAUAUGAAGAACUUAAGAGAGAUAUCUACAAUAUUAAGCGAAGGUUAUCGGGGGAGAAGAUUUUAAAGCCUAAGUAUGAGACUAGCAGACGAGAGUCUUUUAGUACAGGCAAAAGCCCACUAAAAUCCGAUUCCUCGUGCACUGGGUCUCCUGAACCACAGCCUGAGAUGGAACGCUCAAUGCCACUAGAAAAAGUCCGUUCACCAAUAAGGAACAGGAAUAAAACAAAAAGCCCAUUCUCAUCCGCUAGGGUGGCUUCACUACCACCGCCUUCCCCUUCUCCUCCACCCGCGUCUUCUCUUUCUCCUCCUCCUCAGCCUUCUUCUUCUCCUCAUACUCCGCCUUCUUCUUCUCUACGAACACCAUCUCCACCGCCUCCUCCUCUUCCUCCACAAUCCGAACGCGCACGCCGAAAGCUCCCCAAGGCAAACUAUGAGCCAAAACUCUCCAUUGAGGGAGACGAUGAAUUUAAACUUCCACCCCCCAAAUAUGACGGUUCUGAUGACGAAUUCAUUCCCAGCUCAUCUCGCCGAGAUCCUGACGAUGAUGAGCCUUCUCCCCAUAACUCACCAACGAAUCGUGCCAAGAAGGGAAAAUCAAAAUCUCGGAAAAGCAGUAUCAAAGGUCAAAGAAAAGAGAGCUCCAAGGAACUAGAAUUGAUCAGCAAGAGUAUUGGUACGCCUGGUAUUGCAAAGAAAGAGACUCAUCAAAGCAACCUUCUUGGAUAUUGGACGAAAGGGGCGAAAGAUAGCGAAUCACCACGUAAAACUACAUCUUCGAAACAUUCAGCUACCAUCUCUCGGCUUUCAUCUUCGCCUUCACCUUCACCUACAUCUCCGCCCCCAUCGCCGCCUCCACCUCCGCCUCCACCUCCGCCUCUACUAAAGCCGGUAGCGAAGUGGAGAGUUGAAGCCCCCAAGCUGCCGGUUUCAACAGAUUAG